GAUGCUAGAUCAAAGGAUUUAUGCGUUUGGAUAUAAUGGUUUCGGACAAACCAAUCCUGAGACUCGAGACGUUAUUAUUAGUUCUCCAACCGAUAUUACAGAAAUUACGAAUUGUAAUAAAAUAAUUUGGGCCAAUAUGAAUGUAACUUUAGGUGAAAUGCGAGAUAUUAAUAGUGAAAACAAAAAUCCAUUGAUGUUAUGGGGGUUUAAUCCAAUUUUUAAUGAAAUAAGUUUGCCAAAACCAACCGAAUAUCGAAACGUCAAAAAAUGUUUUGGUGAUGAUGACGGUAUUCAAGGAUUUCUUGACCUUGAUGGAAAUCUUCAUUAUAUAGAUUUAGAUUCGGGUCAAAUUAAUGUAAGCAAUUUCCCCAUGAAAUUUGUUGACAUUGCACAAUUUUGGACUGGCAAAGAUGUUGUGGGUAUUACAAUGGACGGAAAAUUGUUGAAAUGGAAUCUAAGAGAAAACUUGACUGUUGAAGAAAUAAUAAUGCAAUCAAAGUAUGGAUUAGAUGAUUAUUUUUUCACUAAUGUUACAUGUGGUGAAAAUCAUUGUUUGGCGUUAACACAAGAUGGAGAGGUAUUUAGUUGGGGUUCUGGAAGAUAUGGCCAACUAGGUCAUGGGGACAUAUCUUCUUUAGACAAGCCUAAAGUCAUAGAAUUUUUUCAAGGGCUAAAAAUCUCCCAGAUUAUGUGUGGAGGAUGGCAUUCCACGGCGAUUUCCGAUUCAGGAGAUUUGUAUACAUUUGGUUAUAAUCACAUGGGCAGAUUGGGAAUUCCACAGUCAGAAAUGAAUGCAAACCUUGUAAAUUACGCCGAACCCUCAUUAAUAGAAAUUGGCGAUGACACUAACGUCUUGAAAGUCACAUAUGAUUAUCGUCUCUGGACUUGCGGAUGGGGUAAAUACGGACAACAAGGCCAAGCAUUCGGAAAACUAUCGGAUAAAUUUUUCUUUAGCCCUGUGUUGGGAGAUUCGAAUAGUGACGGGAUAAAAAUUAUAGAUUGUUACUGUG